AUAUCGAUGUUUACAGAUAUCGAUAAUCAACUUGUAUAUCUAUUUAUUACCGGUACCAAUGUCUGCAAGUCAACCAUGUGAAGAUUUCCUGGAAUUCCAGGAAAGUAUUAAGAAGCUCCGUGCUGUAGAUGACAAUAUCAUAUAUACGUUAAAUACAUCUCUGCCGACUGAAUCAUUUAAAGGUCAGGUCAAUUGUGAGAAGGUCUGUACAAAUUUGUUUAAUCAGCUAAAAGAAGUUCAUAGAAAGCGAGAGAACAAAAUAAACGAUUGCAUACUAAUUUCUGCAGAGUCUUUAAAACAAUUACGUGAAUUAAGAGAUAACAGUCCAGAUGAUGUUGAAAUCGAUAAGAAGUUUAAAUCGGAGCAACGGAAGCUUCGACUUUUACAAUCAGAAGUAAAUGUGGAGGAUAUUGUGAAUGAGCGUUCCUUAAAAGCAUUCAAAGAACGAUGCCGGACAUACCUGCACACUAGAGCCUCAUGAUGGUUUAUUAAUAAAAUUUUCAUACUUCAAAUUUUGAAAUAAAGAAAGAAAUAUUUUUCUCUUUUCAUUAUUGUA